AAAACGUGAGAGAGCGUGAACUACUAGCUCACUAAUCAGCAUUUUCUCAAAAGGCCUUAUAUUAGACAAUACUCGAUCUAAGCAUAUAGGUUGUGGAUGUUAUAUUUGUUACAAAUUUAGUAGGCUCUAAAAUAAUCACAAGACCGUAGGUUAUAGCGCAGUAAUUUCUCUAAAUGGGUGUAUUACACUACUACAGCGCAAUCAAUAUUGUUUUCUAUAGCGCUGAGUUCUCCCUACAACAGAUGACCCUGUGUCACGCUACCUUGCCAUGUGCCUGCAGCUAAUGCAUCGAUAACCAAUAGCUACUGUGUCACGUGUGAAAAUAUGUUGACCUCGAUUUUUCUUCCCCUGUUUCCAUGCCAUCAGUAAGCGCCUGGCCUCAGGAGCGCUUCGCUGAUUGGACAAAUCAGGGAUGAAAGGACGCGCAAUGGUGUAGUUAGCCGCUAGAGGGCACUGCGUAUCUAAGUACGACAUGAUUCCACGGAUCCGCGUUUUCCUUAGCCCGCUCUCGUGACGCAUAAAAAUGAACUUCCGUUAAAGUCCUCCAGCGACAGAAUGGCUGCAAUGUUUAUGUGUUGCUUGGGUUGUUGCGGUGAUGGGGCUUCAGGCCACAUACCUCUCAAAGAAAUGCCCACUGUUCAACUCGACACACAUCAUAUGGGGACGGAUGUUGUCAUAGUGAAAAGCGGGAGGCGGAUAUGUGGAACUGGAGCCUGCCUCGCCAACGCCCCUCUACACCAAAACAAGAGCUACUUUGAAUUCAAGAUCCAGUCAACGGGUGUGUGGGAAGUAGGCGUAGGCACUGAAAAGGCAAAUCUGAACCAGGUCCCUUUGGGUCGAGACAUUCACAGUUUGGUACUCAGGCAUGAUGGCUCUGUCUACCACAAUAAUGAAGAGAAGAACCGCCUCCCAGCUAACAGUUUGCCUCAAGAAGGAGAUGUUGUGGGUUUAACCUAUGACCAUGUGGAGCUGAACCUGUAUCUGAAUGGGAAGAACAUGCAGUGUCCUGCCUCAGGCAUUAGAGGGACUGUGUUCCCUGUAGUCUAUGUGGAUGACAGCGCCAUCUUAGAUUGCCAGUUCAGUGAGUUCUAUCAUACGCCUCCCCAAGGCUUUGAGAAGAUCCUGUUUGAACAGCAAAUCUUUUGAAUUUUCUGUUCCACAGGCACGCAUACAUAUAAGGUCCUUUUAGAACUUUGAGGAAAGGAUGUUGCACAGUCGUCAACAUUUUGUAUUUGCCUUCACCGUUGCUGCUGCCAUAGUCCAUAAGGAGACAAGCCAGGUGCGAGUCCAUGUGCGUGUGAGAAACUUGUCAGCAUAACAUCUUCACAUUUUCAUCAUUGAACAAACUCAGAUGUACUUAUGUCAAACAUAUGUUUGUGUUUUAAUAUUUAAUUUGAUGGUCUUCAUUUCAUAUAUUUCUAUUUGUGUUAAGCUGUUCAUUUAAGAAUGUAAGUUUGAGGUUGUUUUUUUUUUUUUUACUGUCUAUAAAAUAUCACUUUUCUAAACACUACAGCAAGAGAACAGAUUUUAUGUAUGCUCUGGUAAAACUGAGUAAAAUGGUUUAUUUUGUUUGCACUAUUUAUGUCUAAUCAUGACAAAGUAAAGCAAAUGUACUUGUUUGUUGUCACAAAUCAAAAUAAAAAUGAUCUGUGGAAUCAC